CCCGCCCGGCCUACUUCAAGAUGGCGGAGCCGGCAACUCGGGGCGCCGACCGAGCAUUCGUCCUGCACGGGUUCAGAAGCCCCCUGAGGCAUAGGCCAAAUGAACAUCUCACAAACUCCCAAAAGACAUUCACCAUGCAAGUACCAAGUGGCCCGUCUGCAGACUGGGAGUUCAACAGUAGCUCAAUGGACCACCGCAUAGAUGACGGACUAAGUGAGAUGCCUUUGUCUGGCAGCCAGAAGGACAGCCCCAGCAUCGAUGAAUUGGAACAGAGUUUAAGUGAACUAAAGAUGCAGGUGAAAAGUCUGACUUCAAGCCUGACCCCCGCAUUAAGGACAGACUACAAAAGGAUAGGCGGUUUGGAGAGCAAUUCCAGCCCAGGCAACAGAAAUGGUGACUGGCCAGCACAAACCAACGGGGCAUUUAAUGAGGAGAAUGUAGGUCGGCAAGCAGAGUCAGAGUGGUUUCUGAGGCCGAGGCAUUUGGUGCAAUCGCUGGGCAGGUAUCCAGCCCUUGAAAGCCUUGGUGUUCCUGUUCACUCUGUGUCUCCAGUUGAUCGAGUGGUGGGUCUCACAGGGAGUGAACUCUCCAGCAAAACCUUCACGCCUUCCACCAUCUCGCCGGUCGACAUCGCCUACAAGGAAACCCUACCCGUUAGCGUGGGUGCGCCACACUUAAUUGGAGUCAGCGCCCUUCUUCCUCCGCAGAUUCCCGUCCGGCUUCAGUCACCUGAAAGAACAAGAUCUUCAUCCCUCCAAGACCAGUUUCGGACUCUCAGACGCUCCAGAAACAUCCGCUCGCGUUCUCUGUCCCCUGCUUCCAAAAGAGUUCAUUGGCAGCAUUCCCGCCCUCGUUCUCCCAAACCAGUGUGGAGACCAAAUUCCACCAAAGUAAACGCAUGUGGCAGGCCCCCUCCACCCUUAAAGAGGCAGAAAGCAGGGAGUAGGAAGGUGACCAUCGCCAAGCCAUUUAGAUCGUAUUCCUACAGCCUGCGAUCAUUCAACCCCAGCUCUCAACCUGAUCACCGCCUGGAUGAUGGUCUGAGUUCCUGGAGAGCUCCGCGCAGCUUCACUGCUCUGGAUGUAGCUGCACCUUCGACACAGGAGAUCAGCGAAAGGUUCCUGCAAACUCUGGCAGAGGGCGACACUAGGCUGUCCCUGGUGGAAACGUCUCCGUACCAGCAAGAACUGUCUCAACUGCGGCUGCAGCGUCUCCGUGUGGAGGAAGAGUUACUCCUGGAGCUGAAACGCCAACAAGAACUGGAGAGACUCCGGGGACCGCAGCUCAAAUGGUAUGAAAUGAAAGGGCCUCGCUUUCAUUAUGAAGCACACAAGAACAAUGAAACGUUGCGGAACAUCAGGGGAAUGCAGUCUGGCGAUGGGCAGGGCCUGUUCUCUGCUUCUGGGGACUUCUCUCCCAAGGCUAGCAUGGAAGCGCUGAGCCCUUGGGAUGUUCAGCAGUGACCCUCCUCCUGAUUCAGCUAACAUUCCUGACUUUGAUACAAAAUGGUACAAUUACUAUGUGCAGUAAAGACUGAAUCCAGCAUGGAUUGCACUGGACUUUGGUACAGCUGACACUGGAGAUUUGGAUGCUGUUGCCAUUUAUGCUCCACUCUACUACUAAUUUGCUAUCUUUUUUAGAUGUUACACAGUAGAAUAUUACAUUUUCCAAUGAACCUGGUUAGUGCCAGGGAAGCCGCAGAGAAACAGAGACCAGGUGAGUUUCAAGGGAUUGCAGGAACCAGGGCCUCAGUGAAUGGAAGGAUGCACGAGAACCAAGAGUGGCGAGUGAAAGGAACUUAGAGAACCGAGGCUAUGGUGUGCGAAUGGGAGCACGGGAAUUGGAGCCCCAGCCCGUGAAAGGGAGCUGAGGAAUUGGGAGCCCAGUGAGUUAAAGGGAAUGCAGGUGUCAGCACGUCAGCCACAGCGAUUUAGGUGCCAACGCAUUCGGAUUUCCAAAUAUUCAGAUGGGGGAUUAUUGGAGUUACACUGAUCUCAUCAGACACCAAAGCUCAACAAAGCAUUGUGACCUCCACUAGGAGUGAGAUCUCUCUAUGUGCUCAGGCUUCACCCCUCAGUAGAAUCUCACUCAAUCACAGUCAAACAGGUUUGAGGUGCAUGCCGAUGUUUGCUAACUUGACUGAACCUUAGGUGGGUUGAUAAAUAUCCACCUCCCAACAAAGUGGCAAUGUGUUUCAUCUAUGACUAUUAAUUCUAUUUCCCAACCAAUUGUUGAUCUGUCUUUGCUUUGACCUCAUUUUGAAACUUUCCCUUUGCUAAAUUAAAUUGUGCCGUUUGACUUUUGUUUUAGUUACACCCUCGAGCCUACCUCUUAAUCGUCUGAUUUCAUGUCAGAAAGUCCCAGUUUUGUCAAUAUUUCCUUGUGGUUCAGCUUAUCUGGGGUUAUUGCACAAAACAAGCUGCUGGAGGAACCAGGGUUGAGCAGCAUCUGUGGAAGCAAAGGGAUAACAAACCUAUUGGGUGGAGACUUGCGUCAGGACUGGAUACUGGAUGUUGUUUGUCCUGCUGAGUUCCUCCAGCAGUUUAAUUUUGGCUCCAAAUUCCAGCAUCUGGAGUCUCUUGUGUCUCCUAUCUAGUGUUAUUCAUCAGCUCUGGAUCACCGACACUGCUUGAUAUUCUCUCCUCUAUGUUAUGGUUGCCACAUUGAUCAGCUUGGAGUACCGAUAUAUUAUAACCCUCUCUUGAUUUGAUCACAAUUCAUUCUUUUAUUGGUCCCCAUUUUACAUUGAUUGCACAUAUUGCAUCUAUUUUGUACCUAUAAAAUCAUUUUCACCUCCAUCACUCAUAGUGCAUUAUAUCAUUCACUUUAUUAUGAUGACUCCUUCAAGAACUGGCUAGGUCAGUAAAAUCAUCCCCUUCUCUAUCCAUUAUUUGCCAGCUUGUUAUCACACGAUCAUUAUCCCCUACUUUUCAUUCCUGACAAUCGGUGCUUUUAUUUUAUUUGGAUGUAAUGUUAAGGGUGGCACAGCGGUAGAGUUGCUGCCUUACAGCGCCAGAGUCCAUCUUGACUAUGGGUACUGACUGUACGGAGUUUGUACGUUCUCCCUGUGACUGUGUGGGUUUUCUCUGGGAGAUCCGGUUUCCUCCCACGUCCGAAAGACGUGCAGGUUUGUAGGUAAAUGAGCCCACUGUAAAUUGGCCCCAGUGUGCUGGAUAGAACUAGUGUAUGGGUGAUCAUUGGUCGGCGUGGGCCGAAGGGCCUGUUUUCACUCCGUAUCUCUAAAACGAAACUAAACCUGGCUCUAUCUGACUGGGUACAUUUUGUGGACACAAGGAACUGCAGAUGCUGGAAUCGUGAACAAAUUACAAAGUGCUGGAGGAACUUGGUGGGUCAGGCAGCAUCUGGGCAGGGAAUGAACAGACUGUGCAGAAGUUUUUUCAGGCUUGACCUGAAACAUCCCACCAAAGGUGCUGCCCGACCCACUGAGUUCCUCCAGCACUUUCUGGACCUUGUUGUACUUUGGAAAAUGGACCAUAAUGGAUCAUAAUUCUACUGUGUGAUCUCCCCGGAGAUUAUCAACGCUAUCUGUUCUACAAAUUGCUUUAUAUUAUCUCCCAACUUGUUUCUAUGCGAGCAUCGAAGAUGUGAAAUGUAUGCUGGGGGGGCAGACACUCAAUCAGGUACUGUAACUAGCGCAUCCUGAGCGUGCAAUCUUUCAAUGUAUGUAAAGGCUACAUUUUCUGGAUACCAAUUGUGGCUGCAGAAUUGCUGGAGCUUUGUGGAGAGUCUGCUGCACAGUUUGGACCAGACCAGAAUAAUGUAUCUCUCAUCAAGGUAAGUUUCAUUAAUCAGAUCAAAGUCUGGUAACCUGGACCUUCCUGGUUUUAACGAAUUUCUUUGGCGCACAUACGUGUGGGGAGGCGCGACCGCCAUUGCCGGCUUGUUUCCGAUGUAAACAUGAGUGUUGUGGAAAUGACAAACUAUCUUGAUUGCACUCGGGACUGAGUACAGAAUUGCUUACCUCAGUCCGAGUUUAAGUCUGGGAGUGUCUGUCCUGGUCUAUUUAUUAACAUUUUUGGAAAACAAUGCAUUGUUACUGAUGAGCAAUUUAUAGAUACAAUUGGAGUCAGUGAACCCAUAUCAUAACUGGCAUCUUGUUUCCAGCUGUCUCUGCAAUGUUUCCGUUGUUGAAUAUCUCUGAUUAAACAUGAUUUGACAACA